AAUUUAUUGCAUGCUAUAAUCUCCACUCUCUCAUGGGAUAUCGACAUUCUCCAUAUUCAGCGCAUGUCUGAAGUUAACACGUGAGAAUGUGAGGUUGGAAAGAACUGUCAAAACAAAGCUAAAGUGAACGUAGGAAGUGCCGCCAGUGGAACAAACCAGCGCAAUGAGUAUUUCAUUAAAUAUAUCAAAAGGGGAUAAUAACAGCAAUAAUCGACAAAAGCCGAAAAAUGCGGGCGCGAAGACAAUUUCACAUUCACCGAGCACUGGAUUUUCAUUCGAAUUCACGAAAAACAAACAGAUCAAGGCGGUAGUCGCCCGUAAACGUCUGGUGCCCAAAAAGGAGAAGGAAAAAGGGCCCAUCCAAUUAAAGGAAAGGAUAAAACCACAAACCUUAACGAAGGAAAAAUCCCCAAGCCCCGAUGUCACCCCGCGCAGAAACUAUGUCAUGGCACCGAAGUACUCAGACGACGAAGGCUCAGAUAACAAUAAAGAUUCCGGAGUUGAAUUAUCGUUAAAUAUCUUCCAAGGCACUGCAGACCCCAAGCAAGUGAAAAAGAAGAAACUGACCCGUGAGGAACGUCGCAGACCGAAGCACAUGCAGCAAACUGUGCGUGCGAAUCGAGUUCUAACAAAUGAAGAGAUCGAUGCUGGUAUCAAGAAGUUCUCGCAGUUGAAGGGCAGUGGAAAUCCCUUCGUCAGACCACGACCCUUGAAAAAGCCAGCCCUCACUAUACCCGAGACAAAAGAGCUGGGCCAACGAUUUGUGAAGCCGGUAGUGGAGAAAAUUUUCACCGGAGCUUCCAUGGAUUCCAUCGGUCUCCAUCCGCAUUGUGUGAAGAAUUUGGCAGAUAUCUUGAAUAUAACUCAGUUAACCACCGUCCAGCUCAAGACCAUCCCAAAGACACUAGAGGGUCGCGACGUCUUAGUUAGGUCGCAAACUGGUUCAGGUAAAACCUUAGCCUAUGCUCUCCCGGUAGUGCAAAAACUGCAGGAAAUCCGUCCGAAGCUUACCCGUGCAUGUGGGAUCAGAGCUGUUAUUAUUGUCCCCACAAGGGAACUGGCGAUUCAAACAUAUGAAAUUUUCUUGAAGCUGCUGAAACCUUUUACUUGGGUCGUGCCAGGAUUUCUGACGGGAGGAGAAAAGCGAAAAUCAGAGAAAGCCAGACUGCGGAAGGGAAUCAACAUCCUUAUUGGCACUCCUGGCAGGCUUGUGGACCACCUGUUGCACACAGCCACUUUGAAAUUGGACAAAACACAAUUCCUCGUUCUGGACGAAGGAGACCGGCUCCUGGAAAUGGGAUACGAGCGAGACGUGAAGAAAAUUGUGGAUGGAAUACAUGAUCACAAGGCUGGAAAGUUCACGGCCGUAGAUGAUUCCGAGAAACCUGGUGUGAAUCCUUUCAGUGACAAAGCGAAGAUAUCUGACACUGACGAAACCAAAGUCGCCACUUCAGAUAAUCAACUUCAAACAAUGCUUCUUUCUGCUACUUUGACUUCUGCAGUGCAACGUUUGGCUGGACUCGCACUAAAUGACCCUCUGUUCAUUGACACAAGUGACGAAGAGGUUCCAGUAACGGUGGCAAGUGGGAAAGAUUUUGUCACAGCCGUGGAAAGUGCGACAGAAGAUGGAAAACUGUCAAUUCCAGCGACAGUUCAGUUAAGCUACAUAGUCGUCCCUCCGAAACUGAGACUGGUCACGUUGUCUGGAGUUUUGGCGAGUGCUGCGGCGAAGGGGAAUUUGAAGGCUUUGGUGUUUAUGUCCACUGUCGAAAUGGUGGAUUACCAUCACAGUUUAUUGAUGGAAAGUUUGACGGAAAGAGUGUUGGACGAUGAGGACGAAAAAGGUGAAAGUGAAUCAGAUGAUGAUGGGGAGGCUUUGUUGAAGGGUGUUAGCAUUUUUAGAUUACAUGGCUCAAUGCAACAGACUGAACGGACAGGGGUGUUUGCGGCAUUCAGGAAAUGUAAACAGGGAGUGCUACUGGCGACGGAUGUUGCCGGUCGUGGAAUAGAUAUAAUUGAAGUCAAUUUGGUGGUCCAGUACUCUCCUCCGCAAAAUAUCGCGGAAUUCGUCCAUCGGGUCGGUCGAACAGCACGUGCUGGUAGAAGCGGUCAAGCAAUUCUUUUUAUGGGGCCAAAUGAAACGGAGUUCAUUAGGAGGUUGGAAGACAAACGAAUUCGGAUAUCUCAAGGAGAUGUAGAACAGUAUUUAAAAGUUUUAACCGAAGCAGAUAGGGAAGCUCGUACGGCAGAAGAAGCAGCAUCGAAUUUGCAGCAUAAAUUUGAACUUCUUUUGGCAGACGACGAGGAAAUUCAUGAUAAAGCAUCGAAAGCCUUCGUCUCGUGGGUGAGGUUCUACUCCACGUUUCCAAAGGAUUUGAAAGGUAUAUUUAAUGUAAAAAACGCUCACAUGGGGCACUAUGCGAAGAGCUUUGCCUUGCGGGAACCACCGAAAUCAUUUGCUAGACAACACACAGCUCCGAAACCGGCAUUGCCCAAAAAUCGACUGACUUACACGGAAAGGGACCCAGAGAAAAUAAAGCAAGAAAAAGCAAGUAGGAAGCGACAGCACCAAAACACUAAGAAAACAUUCGAACUGACCAAUAAAUUUAGUACGCAUUUGAAAAGUUCAAAGGCGUUAACAAUAUCAGAAUAUGACAGUGGAUUACCGUCGUUGAAAAAACGUAGGAAAAAUUAACGUUUUGAAAGAUACUGAUAAAUAAAAUAAAUUUAUAUUUAAAAAUGA